AUGCAGAUGAAAUUGAAUAAACGACGCAGCUCUGUAAAUAUCGAAGUAAUUGAUAUAGAUGAUUUAGUUUUGACGAGAAAAGGCGGAGGAAGUAUAAUUGAUCAACGACCAGUUUUUUCACACGAUGGAGAAACAUUGUACAUAGUAUGGAAACAUAUUAUAAGAGCAUACAGUACACAAACUGGAGACUUCGUUAAAGAGUUGGAACCUGCAAGUAACAGAAUUGCAGGAUUAAUUGUACAUCCAGAAAAUCCAAAUCUGAUCAUUGCUUGCACAGAAAAUGGAGAAUUAAAUUUUUGGAGUUGUCAGAGUGGCAUUAUCACAAAGAAAUUAAAAUUAAAAUUUCAAGAAGAGCCAAAAAUAAAAACAUUUCAUAUUGUAAAUUACAAAACUCACAAAGGAAAUGAGUUUCGUCAAGUGCUUGUAACAUAUAUUUCCAAAUGCAAUGCAAAAAUUUAUAUAGUAUUAUUUGAUUUAGAUAAUGGGAUUUGUACAAAGUCGACAUGUAUACAAACAAAUUCUCUUGAAUAUUAUGUUGAUAUAAUCGGUAAUCAUGGUGACAAUUUAGUAGCACUUCUUCAUGAUGUAGAUUUGCAUAUAUUGAAUCCAUCAAGAAAUCUUAUUGAUAAAUUACAUAAAACAGGUAAAACAGGCAGAGUUCCAACAUGUAUUGCUGGACAUCCAGAAGAAGAGUGUGUAGCCACUGGAGAUUCAACUGGUCGUGUAGUAGUAUGGAAGAGUUUGUUUCAGACAAGACCUUAUACAGCAGUUUAUCAUUGGCAUACAUUGCCAGUUACAGAAAUAGUAUUCAGUAAAUCAGGAGGUCAUAUGUAUACUGGAGGUGGAGAAUGUGUGUUAGUGAAAUGGGUUUUAGCGAAUCCACAUCUUAAAUCCUUUCUUCCCCGAUUACCUGCACCCAUUAAACAUCUUACUAUUGCUCCAGAUAAUUUAUACGUAGCUGUGUCUACUUUAGACAAUGGUAUUGUAGUUGUAAAUCCACAAAGAAAAUUAACAUCGGUCAUACAAAAUUUUACAUGGGGUGUAGCCUUAUCUUCUAAAGAUUUAUUCCCUGCUGGCCUCGUUGUUGAUCCACGUACGAAUUGUUUAGUUUUAAACAGUCGCACCGGACAUGUUCAGUUUUAUAAUACCCAUACGAAAAGUUUGUUAUAUAAUAUAAACAUUACAGCACAAAAUUUUUUAACUCAAGAGCGUAGUGUAAUUAUUGUAAACACAGAAGUUACGAAGAUAGCAUUAAAUCAUGACGGUUCGUGGAUGGCAACUGUUGAAGAAAGAAACGAUAAAGUCUCGUGUAUAGAAGUGAGACUUAAAUUUUGGAUGUAUGACACUAAACAGCAACAAUAUGCAUUAAACACAUCAAUCGAGCUACCUCAUGAAGGCGGUGUAAAUGCUUUGCAUUUCCAACCAUGUUUGUUGUUUGAUGAUGGAACAUUGGCGAUUACAACCGGCAGAGAUAAAAAAUUCAAAUUGUGGCAUCUUGUAGAAUCUUUACCCACAAGUAGAAAAAACAAAUAUUGGCAGUGUCAUAGCAUAGGAAAUUAUAGAAAUCUACCUGCAACAGAUGCUGGUUUCUCAAUUGAUGGUUCAUUAGUCGGUAUUGGUUUUGAUUCUAGUCUAACAAUGUGGACUCCUGAUACUUGUACAUUUAAAUGUAGCCUUACGCAUAAUCAAUAUCAAUAUCCAAUAAUACGAAUUGAAUUUGGAAAACAAGAUGCCUGCCACCUUGUGAUAGUAGCUUCAGCACAGCACAUUGCAGUGUGGAAUAUUUUAUCGCUUACAUUAAUAUGGAGUGUACCCUUAAAUUAUUUGUAUUCACGCCCCAUAAAUCGAAACCCGUCUAUACGAGAAAAAGUGUUAUCGAAAAUGACAGUUUUAUUUUGGGUGCUGCGUUUGUACCACAUUUAAAAAUAAAACAAGAUUCAUCGUACGGACUGUGGCAACGAAGAUCACAGCUUUUCUUUUUAGAUUCUAAUCAAGAAUUACUAACGUUAGAACCAGAAUCCGAAGUGAUGAUUUCUCUGGAAAUUUUACCGAAUACAACAAUUCCUGCGACUGCCUUUAGUAAUUUAGUAGCGAGCAAGACUAUCACAGACAGGGAAGUACCCAGUCCAUAUAUGCACGAACAAUUGGGAAUAGCAGGAAAAGGAAUGGUAGAAGAG